UUAUGUCAGAGACUCACGUUGUUAGUUUGUGUUGGAGCUAAUGCUAGCCGUUUUCGUUAAAAUUUUUUUGCACGUUUAUUAACACUCAUUAAUAAUGAAUAAAAAAGGAAACGUGUCGUGGGUGAAACCGAGUGAACCAUCAUUCCUGCGCAAAUUCAAAAAAGACGUUGGUUUUAAAGAAGGACCAACAGUUGACACAAAGAGACAGGAACUACCAACGUGUGAUGAUGACAGUGGUGAUAGUGACCGGGAAGAUGAGAUGCCUCAGGUGGUAGUGUUGAAGAAAGGGGAUCUGACCGCAGAAGAGAUUACGGAGAUGAAAAAAGACAAAAAGAAAGAUGAACCAACUCCUGCUGAUGGGAAAAUCGUUUUUAAGAAACCUGAAAAACGUUCCUCAGACAAGUUUGAAGGCAUAACGGCGAGCUCAAGCAAGAAGAAGAAGAGCGAAAAUGAUGAGAAGAAAGAGAAGUCGUCAGGGGUGAAGGUGAAGAACAAAAGUCUGUUGUCCUUUGGUGGUAGUGAUGAAGACGAUGAAUGAUUGUGGUGUUUUAACCAUUAUUAAGCUGCUGAGUUGAAUCUCAAGCAAGCUGGCCUAAUUUUAUCUUUUCACUUUUACACAGUCAAACAAUUGAAAAACAGUUGCUCCAUGUAUAUCAGCAGUUCAGAUCCUAAUGUUACAAUAAAGUCUAAACUGAAGUAUUCUUGAAGGCUUUGAAAAGCUAGUCUGUCAUGAGGUUGGUGUAUGUUAAGAUUGUGCAUUGUAAAGACAUUAUUCUGCCAAAAGCAGAUGCAUGUAAAGCUUCUGUAAAGGAGCUGUGAGAACUUUUAACUUUUAUUUUUCAUCUCAAGUGUUAAGAUACCAAGAACUGCCAUCAUAGUUUUCUAUCUUAAAUAAAAAUGGAUACCUAUGUAACAAUU